UUUUCAAUCAACAACUAACGAUGAGCAGCGAAGAGCAAGAUGUCAAAAUUGUUACUUCUGAUGAUGUAGAGUUCAUUGUUUCUCCGAAAAUUGCCAAUCAAUCCAAGCUUCUCGCUGAUUUUGUUGUAUUGAAUCAGCGCGAACCAAUUCCAUUGAAAAAUGUCACCUCUGAGAUUUUCAAGAAAGUUAUCGAAUGGUGUGAGUAUCAUGCUGAAGAUAUCCCCAAACCGCCAGACAAUGUGGAAGAAAAGCGAACGGACGAUAUUGGUGAAUGGGAUGUCGAGUUUCUUAAAGUUGACAAAGGUACUUUGUUCGAAUUGGUGCUGGCAGCCACUUAUUUGGAUAUCAAAGGUCUUUUUAAUGUUACUUGUAAAAGUAUUGCCAACUCUAUUAAAGGAAAAUCUCCUGAAGAAAUUCGUGCCGUUUUCAACUUGGGUAACGAAACUAAUAUGGAAUAACUUCAAGACCAAAUUUGCCCCGUCAAUGUUAAAAGUAGCAUUUUUUUAAAUGUUUUCCUCUGUUAUCUUUUUUCUAACGAACAGUUUUUCGAAAUCUGCCUAUUAUAAAACAAUCGUGUAUUGAAAAAAAAUGAAUCGUUAAAAAUGAAAAAUUGAAGAAA